AUGAUGCGACCACAAGAAGAAUCACUUGAUAUUCUAAUUGAAUUUCUCCUUCAACAUGGCUAUCAAAAAGUUCAAAAUAUUCCAAUCAAUAUUAUUCGAAAGUUAGCUCUUAUUGUCAUUAAAGAAAAUGUUUCUGUUUAUGAGAAGAAAUUCUAUCAACAAGUCAUUGGUGGUGCAAUGGGCUUAGCAUUUACUUUGACAAUAGCUAAUAUUUUCAUGUGGAAAUGGGAGAAACAACUUGUUCACCGACUGGAAGUAUCCAAUGAAAUCUACGGCCGAUAUGUUGACGAUAUUUUCUUUACGUCGAACGAUUCACUCGAAUCUAUCGACCAAAUGUUAGAUGGAGCUAAUAACUUUCAUCCAAACAUUAAACUAAACAGUAACGGAGCAUUAAUAACUUCAGUUUAUCAUAAAGCAGCAGCUGAGCCAUAUGUGGUACCAUUUGGAUCAGAUCAUCCUGGUCAUAUUUUUGGAAACACUGUUGAUACUGCUAUUAUGAUAGCAGUUCGUUAUUCAACAACCUUGUCUCAAUUCGAAGAAGAAGUACGAAAAAUGAAACUCAUGUUUCUCUAUAAUGGGUGA